AUGGCGGCGUCGCAAGCUGCGCGAGUUGUGGAAGUUACUGAAGGAAGUACAACUAUUAUUGAGGGCAAAGUUAUAGAAGAUGUCAAAGCCCCAACUCCUCCUAACCCUGCUGGUCAGUGUCCCAUUUGUCGCUGGAACCUGAAGUACAAAUACAAUUAUGAGGAUGUCUUAUUGCUGAGUCAGUUCAUCCGUUCUGAUGGAGGGAUGCUGUCCCGUAAGAUCACAGGUCUUUGUCUGGAGGAGCAUAAGAAGGUUGCGGUGUGUGUACAAAUGGCUCACCGAGCAGGUUUGCUGCCAAACCACAGGCCUCUGCAUUCUCAAGGACGUGUUUCCACGAAACCCAAAUUCAACAGGUACCUUACUCGCUGGUCAGUCAGAUCUGCUAAGCCCAUCUGGAAGAGAGGCCCUAAGUGGUGUAGAAUCCCCUUCCGUGUUGGACACCCCUUGCUGAUGGAUAAUAUCAGCUAUGGGCAGAAACCUGUUUAUUUAAAUCACUGAAGCACAAUGGAACUUGCAUAGCCCAUGGAUCACUUCAGGCCACUCUGCCCUUCUUCAGAGUUUCUCAAGCCCCAACAAUACCCUGAUUCCAAACAUCUCUCCUUUUAGCAUUCUUCACUGCCUCCAGUGAGCAAGCAGCCAUCUGCUCCUCUGGCUGCAUGCAGGAUUCAUCAUCAUUGCCUUCUGUGCAGGUAGAAUGAGGGCCAAUGUUUGACUGUCAAAGGAUUGAACCUUUGCUUCGUGAUGGCCCAAGAGGUGUGUGUGGUUUUUUUUUGUUGUUGUUGUUUUGCAGCAGGAAGCUUUAGAAGUGGAGUAUUUCUCAGAUCUGAUCUGUCACUGGUCCAAGCUCUAAUACCUUUGACGCUGAAGAAAAGUCAUGUGCUCCCUCCUACCUCAUCAGAAGUGAUGGAAAUUACGUUAAUCAGUGCUGAAGUGGAAUAUUUUUGUAUCUGUAAUUACUUUAGUUUGAGACACAAAUUACAUGGCAGUGGCUGGCAGGUGUUUGGCAUGAUGACUGUGUUGCUAUGUGCCCAUUAGGAUUACUUACUGGCUCAAUGUUACACCUGUUCCUGACAAAUACAAAACACACUGGCAUCCUUAA